AUGCAGCUUAUAACUCACAUACCGCUGCUCCUUGCGCUUAGUGCCAGCCUUUGUUAUGCUUCGAGCAGCACGUACGAUGGCAAGCCGGGUUGCAAGACGCCGGGCGAAAUCGGUAAUCUGUAUAGAAACUUUUGGGAUCCGAUGCGUUAUUGGCGUUGCAUUGGUUUAGAUAUGGAGCCGCUGCGAGAGAGUUGUCCCGAUGUUACCGCCUUCCAACAGAGUUUGGGUCGUUGUGUUCCGUGGCGAUAUUGGAAAUGGGAGGUGCCUGUGUAUCCGCCUAGUUGUCCCACUGGUGUUAUGUGCAUACAAACGGAGCCACAGCCUUCGUCAUUAUACCUCCAAGAAUUAUAUCCACAACAAACGCCGCAAGCUUUAUCGCCAAUAAGUCCGCUUUAUCCACGAGGUCCACAGCAAACACUAGUACCUACAAGUUCGUUAUAUCCUUAUGCAGCGCCGCAAGCAUUUAUACCUACAAGUCCAUUAUAUCCUCAAGCUUUGCCGCAAGCCCUAGUGUCAACAAGUCCAUUAUAUCCUCAAGCUUUGCCGCAAGGCCAAGCGUCAAUAAGUCAUCAAUAUCCUCAAGCAGCGCCACAAACAUUAGUCUCUCACUUAUAUCCCCAAGCAUCGCCGCAAUCCCUAGUGCCCACAAGUUCGUUUGCACAACCACAGGUAUCCACGAAGCCGCAAUUUAUAGGUCCACUAACACCGCAGCCGUCACCGUCUCCCCAGAAUGUGCAUUCUCCUCAACCCUCGCAGCCUUUUGUGUCGCCACAGUCUCCUCUAGUCUGGAGUUCGCCACAUCUGUCGCCGCAGUCUCAACAGGUACUGAAUACACCAUAUCCGAUGAUUUCAUCACGACCACAAUACCCAGUGGGUCACAACGUUUAA